CUGACGUCGGGGAUCGUUCUUUCCUUGCGGCGAGUAUGUCUCCCUCGCCGAUCCUCUUCAUCCACCAUCUUUCGUUCUCUUGAUUAUAGCGUUGUUCCUUGUCUUCGUGACGUUUACUAGCCAUGUCCGCCCCGUCGCAGGCUUUGACCAAGCGUCAAAGCGAUACCAGCCUCAUGCCCCCGCCACCGCCGCCGAAGCGCCUCAAACGGCCGGCCACCGUGCUUGACGAGGAUGUUUAUACCAACGCCCUAUCUGAGAUCAUUGCACGGGAUUACUUCCCGGGUCUUUUGGAGGCUCAGGUGAAGCAGGAGUACUUGGAUGCGCUGGAUUCCAGAGACAAAGAAUGGAUUGCAAAUUCGAAGAAGAAAUUGACCGACCUCAUGAGGACGCCCGGACGAGCCCGAUCACGUCCUGGCUCAGCCAGUAUGACACCGCAACAUACCGGUUCUGGGCGGCCAGGAGAUACACCGAUGGGCUGGGGAGGGGACACGCCUAUGUCAGUCAUGUCUGCAGCCUCGUCAACAACCCCGAGCGACAACCAUGUCUUGGCCCCAGAUGUGUCCCGCCUUGGACUACUGGAGUUUCAGGCCAAAUACACUAGUGAAGAUAACGAGUCUUUCAAUAAAGUGCUCGAUAAACAGAACGAAAAGCAUCGCGAGAGGUAUAAGUGGCUCUGGAGCGGAAAUAAGAUCCCAACCGCGAGACAGAUUGCGCAUCGGCGGCGAGAGGUCAAGCGAAUCGAGGCCCAGGGUGGUAAUCCAGACCAACAUAAACAGGUAGCCAUCAAGACAGACUUGGACGCCCGGCCCGCAAACCCCGACACCUGGAAGACCCGCCCGGAGAACUCGCUCAUGUUCGCUCCUUCGUCCAUCGAGGAUUCGUAUGAAACUAUCCAACAAAAAGCGGAAGCAACGUCGCGGGCAGGGCCCAAGCGGGUAGUCUUUCAGAACACACGGCUGCCGGAUGAGAGCCUUCAUCAAGCGGCAUCUGAUGCAAGUGCACCUCCACCCUCGCCUUCGAUAUCGGCCAUCAAAGAUGCCAUUGCCGGACGUCCACGUCCUACCGAGUCCGAGCCAGGGUACACGGGGGGCGAGACCCCCCGAGUCAAUGGAUACGCCUUCGUGGAUGAAGAUGAGCUGGAGUACCCCAUUACCUCAUCAAAAGACGACGACCAUGCAAUUACCAUGGAUGAUCUCCGCCUGCUUGGUGGCAGUGAUGCGACCCCGAAUCCUUUUGAGAUCAAGGAGAACCGAAGGCGAGAAGACAUCCAUCAUCGCAUGGUAGAUCGUGUGGCGCGGUCAAGGCGUGCAGAGAAGUCUGCCCGUGACGCCAAAACCCCCGUGACGCCACGGUUUGCCAGUAGUCCACGGCUGGACUUUGGGUUACGCACACCAGGUGCGGCUACGCCGGGAGGGAGAACAAACAAGGCGUUAACGCCCGCGGCGCAGAAGCUGCUUCAUCAGAUGGGAAACACUCCUCGUCUGGGGUCGACCGCAAAGUCAUCACUGAGAAACAUAUGGACACCUACUCCGAAAAGGGGCAAAUAAACGCGGUUUCAAUUCUGUACCAUCUUUUCUCGUGCGCUCCAAUUUAGCGUUAACAUCACAUCUUCAAUACCAGGCAUGGGAAAUGGCGUUGCGGGUGGAAUCUAUGCGAUCAUGAGGGAAUGUUGGAUGGAUCUGGCGUCACUGUGUUUUCAAUUCAUGUUUUCUAUACACUUAUUGUUUAUACAGCUCUGCACAUCACCCAUUUCAUGACAGUGGGCUGAUUUGCUAGCUUCUGGCCAUCCAUGGGUAUGAGGCAAGUUUAAGCUGCCUAUUAUCGUUCACCACGCUUAAUGUGAAGAGAAAGAGUUGCUGUCAACUAAACAAUAUCACAAAUCACGAGCGC